UACUUAAGCGAGUGGUAACAGAAAAAGAAAGCGUUUAAGAAAAAAAAAAAGAAAAAAAUAUAUAUUAAACAAAAUAAUCGAAAAUACGUUGAAAAAGGGGUUUCGAGAAAAGCCCAUAAAUCGAAUAUUUAUUAAAUCUGCGCAUGAUCUAUCAAUUUUAUUUUAUAAACAAAAGCAAACUUAAGCAAAAUGAGUGCAAUAGCCAGCGCUGCUGGCGUAAUAGGUGGCGUUGUUACUGCGGCCACUAGUAACAGCUGGUUUAUACCUAUGCUAAUGGCAGCUAUAGCUUACUUUCAAUAUGAAGAAAUAAUGGACCCUGAAUCCAAGCCCAAUGAUACACCUGGCGAUGAGAUACGAGAUCAUUAUGAUUUUAUUAUAAUAGGGGCAGGGUCAGCGGGAGCAGUAGUAGCGAAUCGCUUAACCGAAUUGGAAAAUUGGAAUGUUCUACUUCUGGAGGCAGGCGGUGAUGAAACUGAAAUCUCAGAUGUUCCUUUAAUGGCGGGCUAUUUGCAAUUAAGUAAAAUCGAUUGGAAAUAUAAAACAGAGCCUUCGGGUACAACCUGUUUAGCUAUGAAUGGCGGACGCUGUAACUGGCCUCGAGGCAAAGUACUAGGAGGUUCUAGUGUGCUGAAUUAUAUGCUGUAUUUACGUGGUAGUAAAAAUGAUUAUGAUAAUUGGGAGGCCCAAGGAAAUUCGGGUUGGGGUUAUCGCGAUGCUUUGUACUACUUCAAAAAAUCAGAAGAUAACACGAAUCCUUAUUUAGCCAGCACUCCGUACCAUUCGACGGGCGGUUAUCUGACAGUGGGAGAGGCGCCCUAUCAUACUCCAUUGGCUGCCAGUUUCGUCGAGGCAGGCGUGGAAAUGGGUUAUGAAAAUCGCGAUUUGAAUGGUGAAAAACAAACAGGCUUCAUGAUCGCUCAAGGUACUACACGACGUGGGAGUAGGUGCAGUACAGCCAAAGCUUUUCUGCGUCCCGCUCGUUUAAGGCCCAAUUUGCACAUCUCUAUGUAUUCUCACGUUACUAGAAUUAUGAUCGAUCCCGUGUCUAAAUUAGCUUUCGGUGUCGAAUUUGUCAAAGAUCAAAAGCUAUAUCACGUCAGAGCAAAAAAAGAAAUCAUACUGUCCGGAGGUUCGGUGAAUUCUCCUCAAUUGCUGAUGCUAUCUGGUAUUGGUCCCCGUAAGGAGCUAAUUAAGCAUAGAAUACCUGUGAUUAAAGAACUAAGUGUAGGCGAAAAUUUACAAGAUCACAUUGGCCUUGGAGGUCUGACAUUUCUGGUAAAUCAACCAGUUUCCAUAGUUGAAAGUCGUUUUCACUCUAUGUCCACUGUGCUGCAAUAUGCCGUAUUCGGCCAAGGUCCUCUAACCAUAUUAGGCGGGGUAGAAGGUUUAGCUUUUGUCAAUACAAAAUAUGCUAAUUCCUCUAUAGAUUGGCCUGACAUAGAGUUUCAUUUUGUAUCUGGAUCAACGAAUUCCGAUGCUGGUAAUCAGCUACGUAAAGCCCAUGGCCUAACCGAAGCAUUCUAUCGUACUGUCUUUGAGAAAAUCAACAAUCAAGAUGUCUGGAGCAUCAUACCGAUGCUGUUGCGACCGCGCAGUAAGGGCGUUAUUAGAUUACGAUCUGCCAACCCAUUCGAUUAUCCUUACAUUAUACCAAAUUAUUUAAAUCACGAUUUAGAUAAGAAAACUCUAAUAGAAGGGGUGAAGAUUGCAGUGGCACUUUCCCGUACGCAAGCUAUGCAAAGAUUCGACUCACGUUUGUCGACUAUUAAAUGGCCCGGUUGCCAGCACUUGCAACUAUUUACAGACGUUUACUGGGAAUGUAUGAUACGACAUUAUACGGUUACUAUCUAUCAUCCGGUAGGUACUUGCAAAAUGGGUCCUUAUUGGGAUUCUGAAGCCGUUGUAGAUCCCGAGCUAAGAGUAUAUGGUAUAAAAGGUUUGCGUGUUAUUGACGCUAGCAUUAUGCCUAAUUUAGUUAGCGCCAAUACCAAUGCUCCCGUCAUAAUGAUAGCCGAAAAGGGCUCGGAUAUGAUUAAAGAGUUCUGGAUUAAGAACACAGUCGUAUAGCUGGCAAUCAUAAUGCAAGGAAUUGACUGACAAUCGAGCUAAAGAUGGUUUUCUUUUUAGGAAUUUAAUGCGAGACCAAAUUAAUUUAAGUCGUGCCUGUUAAUUUAUUUAAGUGCUAUUAG